CGAAUAAAUUCUUCCGUCUCUCUCGCGGCACGCCGUCAUUCAGUUCCACGCUUCGCUUCUGCUCGCAGAAACUAGAAAAGGAAAGAUAUCGCCGUAUCCUGAAUGCCAACACGAAGCCGCCUGGCUCUCUCUCUCUCUCUCUCAUCAGUUACUUCGUGUGCUGUUCUUUUUGCCAUCUAAGGCCGCGACUAUCGCUGGCCUUCGUUGGCGUUGGUAAUGUUGAUCUCGCCCUCUCUCUUUUUCCCUCUGUCUCUUUCGGUUGUUUCCUCCCGGUCUCUCCUUUGAGGAGGAGUGAAAAGCAAGAAUCCGGCCGGCGUUUGUCUCGCUUUUUCUUGUUCUUCUUCCUGUUCGAUGGUGUUCGGGAUGGAGUUGAUGGUGAAGAAGCUGCGGCGCCUUCCGAAGCUCGAGCCCCCCAGCGUCUCCUCCCCAGGCGUGCUCUUCUUCGUUGCGAUGGCCCUCGCCUUCUUCCUCUGCUUCGUUUACAUGGACGUCGGGUUUUUCGCUGUCGGCAAGCGGGUCUUGCUGUCCCAGCAGCGGUUCGUCGACCUCCGGUACUCCUCCACACCCAAGGCGUCCCUGCCGGACUUCCUGGCGGCGCCCGCCUGCGAUGUGUUCACGGGGAGUUGGGUCUGGGACGAGAGCUACCCUCUCUACAGAUCGGUGGACUGCGGGUUCCUGGACGAGGGCUUCCGCUGCUCCGAGAACGGCCGCCCUGACGACUUCUACACAAAAUGGCGGUGGCAACCCAACUCCUGCAAUCUCCCGAGGUUUGAUGCAGGAAUGAUGCUAGAAAUGCUGAGAAACAGAAGGCUUGUUUUUGUGGGUGAUUCUAUUGGGAGAAAUCAAUGGGAAUCUCUCCUUUGCAUGCUAUCAUCUGCAAUUGCCAACAAAAGUUCAAUAUAUGAAGUCAAUGGGAGGCCAAUCACUAAACAUAACGGCUAUUUCAUAUUCAAAUUUCAUGACUAUAACUGUACUGUGGAAUACUAUCGAUCACCAUUUCUGGUGUUCCAAGGCCGACCACCUAAAGGUGCUCCAGUGGAGGCCAAGAUGACCCUGAAAUUGGAUGUCAUGGACUGGACUUCAUCAAAAUGGAAGGGUGCAGAUAUUCUGAUAUUUAACACAGGACACUGGUGGAAUUAUGAGAAGACACUGAGAGGGGGAUGUUAUUUUGAAGAAGGAGAGGAAGUGAAGCCGGAGAUGAGUGUUGAGAGUGCAUACAACAGAUCGAUGGAGACUGUGAUAAGCUGGAUAGAGAAAGAAAUUGACCAGACCAAGACUUAUGUUAUAUUUCGAACAUUUGCUCCUGUUCAUUUCAGGGGAGGCGACUGGAAAACUGGGGGAAGUUGCCACCUGGAGAAGUUUCCAGAGCUAGAUCCUGUUCCUCUUCAUUCUCAACCAUGGAUCAAGUUUUUAACUGUGGUGGCUGAGGUUCUAUCUGAACACCAGCAGAAAGCAAGCAACCUGGAUGUGGAGGUGAUGAACGUGACUUCCAUGACUACCUCACGCAAAGACGGGCACUCAUCCAUUUAUUAUAUGGGGCCUGAAGCGGGCCCGAGCUCUCUGCACCGACAGGACUGCAGCCAUUGGUGCUUGCCAGGAGUUCCGGAUGCAUGGAAUGAACUCCUCUAUGCUCUCCUCCUCAGACGGCAGAAAGGUGCCCAGCCACCUGGCCCGCUUUUGUAGCGAUGAAUAUGAAGCAAUGCACAAACUUAGUGCAUCAGCUGCCAUUUUUUUGUACAGCGGUUUCUGUCUUCGUGUGUCGAUUCAAAUUGAGCAAUUUGGUUCCUCAAGAAGGAAUGGGGGAAAUUGGGCUGGUAUAUUGAUUGUAUAAAGGUUUCAUUACAGGAGGCUGUAAAUAAUAAUAUAUCAUGCGAGUUAAAUCAGAAGUGUAUUGGAUUGGCCUCCAGUUGAUAUAGCCCUCAAGGCGUGAGGGUAUGUCUACACUGUAAAAAAACUAAACAUUAUCGAUGGCUAGAAAAUGUUAGUGAAACAAAGACAUGCAUCGUUAUAGAAUAUCACUGGCAAGAGUCUACAUGUAGGUAAAUGUUGACUAUUAUUUGACCACAUUGGUAAAUAAUAAAUUAUGUUUGGCAUCGUUAUAGCGAUCGGUAAAAACUA